UGCGACACACGCACGCACACCUGGCUCUCAGCUGUUUUCCAGUCUGUCCCGUGUGCCCAUACCGUUGUUUGCCGCCGUGAGGGAGGAACAGCGGUGCCAGUCGUGGAUGCUGCGCGGCAUCGCCGAAGCGGAGAAGGUCGAACGGAGGGCUGGACGAAGAGAGCGAUGGGUGACUCGAACUCCGCCGCCAUAGCCGCGAGCUCCGCGCGGGGCACUCACACGGCUUACAUCCGUGUUGCUAAGACUUCCGAUGCCAAGGUAGUCUCUGCUAUCGUCCACAGUCUGGCUGAGUUCGAUAACCUGAGCCAUAUAUGCAAAGCGACGAGUGAAACGAUGGAGGCGGCCAUCGCCAAUAAAGGUCCGUGUAAGGUGACCGUGCUGCUGUUGGAGAUAAAGGAGAAUGCAAGUCAACCGGGAGGAAGCGUUGACGGAGGAGGAGGAGAAGGAGGAGAUGGGGUACAUGGUGGGAAUGGGAGUCAGCACGCGGAUAUGUGUUCCGCCGACGCUCGUUUGUGCGGGCCGCGAUUGCCGGAUGGCUCGGGAAUCGACGAGGAGACAGCCGUACAACUGCACAUGAAAGACCUUUCGCAGGUGGUUGAUCCUUGCCGAUCAACGUUCUUGUCCUCCGUCGAUCCUGAUCGUGUGGUUGUGGGUUUCGUGCUGUUUUACCCCAACUUUUCGACCUAUUUGGCGCAGCAGAGCGUGCACAUCGAGGACCUCUUCAUACGGGCACCGUACAGAGGUCGGAAGUUCGGCUCGAUGUUGCUGACAUCGGUGGCAAAGCGCGCCGCCCGCGAAGGCGCGCAGCGCCUGGAGUGGAUGGUUCUCGACUGGAACGAGAAGGCCAUCUCCUUCUACGAGAAGUUGGGAGCCAAGGUGCACUCCGAAUGGAGGAUAUGUCGGCUCACGGGGGAUGACCUGGCGGUCUAUGCAUCGGGAAAGCCGAAGCCGACGGAAGCGCCGCCACCGCGCGUGGCACGCAUUCAUCGCUCCUCCAGCAUGGGACGAUGAUUCAUUCGCUAGUAAUGAUUUUGAAGGAAGAGAACGUGUGGAAGUGCGUCACUUCCCUUUCCUUUUUACUAUUUUCGUGCCUGCCUCGGUCGUCUAGUAUCUGCUGCCCUUUUUCUGUCUGGGGCUCGUCUAGUAUCUGCCGUUGAUUGAUUGAUCGGUUGAUCACUCAGUACAGUCUCAUUCGCCGCUCCUGCUGCUGCCGUCACGAGAACCGUUCGUUAAACUGGUUUUGUAAGUCUGCGUUUUUCUGUAAGGAAAACGUGUGUCGUGAUCUGUUUGUUCGUUCAAUCUUUUGCGUUCGACUCUUAGAUGAGGAAAGCUGUUCGUUCUCGUCCGCAGCGGGGAAGGGGGGGUGUUGAUCGACAUCUUGUAGGAAUUCUCCGUUUUAUAGGUCUAUACGAGAGAGAGAGAGAGAGAGAGAGAGAGAGAGAGAGNGAGAGAGAGAGAGAGAGAGAGAGAGAGAGAGAGAGAGAGAGAGAGAGAGAGAGAGAGAGAGAGAGAGAGAGAGAGGUGCAACACAGCAUCUCGCAACUAUUUUGUUGCCGAAAGAUCGUGUACAAUACGGGGUACGGGCCGCGGGCGGAGGGAGGCAGAGGGGUUGAAGGUACACACAGAGAGAGAGAGAGAGAGAGAGAGAGAGAGAGAGAGAGAGAGAGAGAGAGAGAGAGAGAGAGAGAGAUGCGAUGCACAAAAAGGUAAGGUUGGUUUCCGCGGUAACGGCCCGCAAGGGUUAGCUGCACCGAUCUGUUCGGGCAUAUGGCCAAACUUUUCAUCUCACGAGAACUAUCUUUUAGGGGUAAGAGGUACUACAGAUAAAGCCUACUUCAGAUUAGAUUUGUAUGAGUGGUUCUGCCUAUUCCACAUGUUUUUGUCCUGAUACCUUUUCUCGGAGUCGGUCGUUAAAGCAACCUUUCUUAACCUGUUGCAGACGACUCACUUAAAGGGCCUCGGCUUACCAGCCACCAAACUCGAUUCCUCCCCCUUGGUGAGCCCUCCUCACCACAGGACUUCUCUCAGCAAAAGGCUGCCGUCGCUCCAGCACACCAAAACGCGAGUACUCACCUCACGCCGGGUGAUUAUUAGACGACAAGGGGGAACAAUCGAACUCUAGAAUUACUCGUCAGUUUUGGCGGGAGCCGUAGGGGAGGCACUGCGACCCCGCGGAGGUGACGGAGCGACGUUGGAACUCACCACGGCUCCCGCCAAAACUGCCGUCAAGCCAGUUUUGGCGGGAGCCGAAAAAAAAAAGGCCCAUCUGACAGGACAAGGUGGGAACAAUCUUAACUCUUAGCAAAAGGCUGCCGUCGCUCCAGCACCGACCAAGCUUGAGUACUCACCACACGGGUGAUUAUCAGACGACAAGGUGGGAACACUCUUGAGCAAUCGAACUCUUGAGGUACUCACCAAUUUUGGCGGGAGCCGUGGAGGAGGCACUGCGACCCCGACGUUGCAGGCCGGGACUGCGGAAAACAGAGUGCGGUGAGUUCUCAUCGAAGCCGUCUGUCCACCAAAAUCAGUGCGGUGAGUUCUCAUCGGAGCCAUCUGACAGUACGGCCGUGUUGAGGUGGCGGAGCGAAACGUUGGAACUCACGACGACUCGACUUUGGUGAGUGGUGGAUAGAGGCCCUGAGGCUCAUAUAGAGCUAGCACUGGUCGGGAUCGAAAUGGCAGAGCGCAGAUAGAAUUGAACUUUUUAGUAUGGUUCAUUUUUUGGAUGAUGGUACCUAAUUAGAUCAAUGAGCACUUAGGUUUUGAUAUCUCCGGUUUGCAGGGGACUUGUCUUUUAAAAAACGGUGUUUCUCCGUUUUUGUCAGGUCCGAGUACCGAUCGAUCCAGGAACAUGAACUUCACCGAGUUUCUCAGCAUUACGGCCCCCUACCAUAGCUCUUUGUAAUGUCGAUCCUGUCGCACAGCAUUUUUGCCACCUCUUCCCGCGCUAUCGUUGCCGCGCAAACUUUGUUGUGUGUUCCUUUUUGGCAUGCCGUUUGUCGUUUUCCGAUUGCGUUUGUUCCUUUAUGGCAUGCCGUUCGUCGUUUUCCGAUUUUGUCAGGGAGCGACGGGGAACUUCAUAGAACCCCCUCUGGCCUCCGCCGAGCGGGUUCCCUCUUUUACCUUUUUUGGGCAUCGUUACGUCGUUUCCUUUUUCUAUGUUGAUGUGUGCUUCAAUCAGGGGUGGCAUGUACGUCAAAAAAAGUUUGCUUUGAAUGCACAACCUGACAGCAAAUACGUGACUCAGGGCAUUCUCACAAAAGGACUAACUUACAGGCGGACGUUGUUGAAGUCCCAUGCAUCCAGGCUUUGGGCGUAAAAGCCGCCAGAUACUUCCGGCAAUGAAGCAAAGUCCUCGUGUGAGUAUGAUCUCAUUAUGUCUGUUGCUUGUACGAGCCUCUGUCCAUCUUUCUGAGAAAUCGAUCGAGGGAUACGUCCAUCUUUCCAAGUGUUGUUGUCUCGGAUGCGGCGUUGUUGGGAAUAGUCUUCUCCUACCUUCUUCCCCCGAAUACAACGUACGGUCAUUAUAGCUGUAUCUAGACUGAAAGAUGCCUCAAAUACAGCUGUAAUGAGCGUACGUUGUAUUCGCGUACUAUUCGGGGGAAGAAGGUAGCGCUAAGGGUAAGACUAUGCUAGCGCGCGACUUUCACUGCGCGGGUGAGGAACGUUAUUCUAGAAGGGCACUAAGCAUACGACGAU